AUGGCAUGGGUUGAUGCUGAUUAUCAAUUUGUCUACAUAGAUGUUGGCGCAAAUGGAGCAGCAGGUGUUUCUUCAGUCUUUAAUAAUUCAAAUAUGGGCAUAAAGUUACGACAAAACCUUUUGAAUAUACCAAAAUACCAAACAUUGCCCAACGAUCCAGAAGGUAAACCAAUGCCUUUUUGUUUGGUUGCUGAUGAAGCUUUUGUGUUAUUAAGACACAUUUUGCGUCCAUUUGAGAAAAAAACGCUUACCCCAAUAAAAAAAAUUUACAACCGAAGGCAAACAACAGCUCGUCGAAUGGUUGAAUGCACAUUUGGCAUAUUAGCAAACAAAUGGCGUAUUUUCCAUAGACCUAUUGAUGUUAGCAUCGAUUUCUGUAACACGAUAAUCAAAUCAUGUUGUGUGCUCCAUAAUUUCGUACGCAAAAGAGAUGGAAUUAAUUUUACAGACACAGCUCAUGAAUGCCCACUGCAGAGUGUUAAUAUUGAACCCCACGAUAGAACUAUAUCUGCUGUCAAUAUACGUAACUAUUUUGCAACCUAUUUUAUAUCCCCUCAAGGAUCUGUUCCAUGGCAGUACAAUGAACUCUGA